AAAAAUGUCUUGUUUUGACCGCUUCUGAAACUUUUCACGAAUUGUCGGUGUGACGCACCAAUCAUUCUGCGACAGUUUGACCUUCAAGUGCUCGCAACCUCAACAGUGAACGAUACCCCUGAAGCGUUGCCAGUAGCACAGUAGUCCAUAUUGGCAGAUGUGUUUUGUUCUAAAUGCUUUUUCGUUUGCUCUAUGGUGUUUUUGAAACGCUUAUCGUUUACAUAUGCCAAGAAUGUUAUUAAUGCGGGAAGUAUUAUCCUAAAGUUAUUUGCGUUUUUCAGACUUGCUGUCCUAGGACACGAAAGUAACACUCGAACUGAAGGAUCUAUCCUGUGCCUAAAGUUAGGUAGAUAACUUUUCUUUUUGAGUUUUAUUCGAAUUAGUAAUUAUCCAUGGUUUCGCUUGAGCUUACCAUCCGGUUUUAAAGUUUUCACGUUUAGAGUCCAGUUUUAGUAUUUUUAAGUGUUUGUAAUAUCCGCUUUAAAUACAUUGCUCUUUUAACUUGUAAACUAUUUCAAUUUUGUUAACAGCUUAUACUCCAGCGUCGUCACUAAAACCAUGUGUAAGCAACCUGAUGUCCUUUUGGCGUCAACUGUGUUAUGCACUGUGACGGGUCAGUUAGUAACAAUGUAGAACUUCGAACGUACGUACAUCAGUUCGAGUUGCUAUACCAUAUUAGCACAGAUAUGCAGUUUUCGAUUCAAAUCCCAUAGUAGUAGAUGUAGUAAGAGUAAAAGCAGUAAUCGGAAACAUUAGGACUUGAAGAUGUUAUUCAAGAAGUACAAUGCAGUGAAAUAAAUUUGGAAAGAAAAAAAAGGUAUAUGAGAAACUCAGAAGAUUAGAAUUUGGGAGAACAUCCGGCUUUAAGCCAUGUUAUUCAAGGUCUCUAACCAUCGGUCGCUAUCAUCUCGCGGAUCCCAACCAGGUAGUUUACACCUACCAACAUGGUUCAGUCCACUUGUCAGUGACUUCAUGGAUUUGUGCCAUGUUGUGGUCUGGCCGCCCCUAGCUUUCUUCCAACCUACUCCUAUACCAUUGAGUAUCGUGCGUCGAGGCAGUCAGUAGUUGGGCAUGUAACACGUGUCCCAGCCAUCUCAACGGAUGAAGUUUUACUACUUCAUCAAUUGAUUUGCCAUCCUUACCUAGUACCCGUCUCCUAACAACUACAUUACUUACUCAGUGGUCCCAGGAUAUACGAACAAUGUUUCGAAGACAUAUAUGAUCGAAUACUAGUAACCUGCGAAUAUCCUCUACUUUUACCGGCCGUGUUUCACUGCCAUAAAGUAGGAAGGAACAAACUGCUGCACAGUGAACCCGUCCUUUGACUGAUAGACGGAUAUCUCGCCUACACUUAAAAUGACACAAGUUGGCAAAACUAUUCAAGCCUUCUGUUCUUCACGAGCUUUGAUUAGGCGUCGAAGAAUUAUUAAAGGUAAUAUUUUAGAAACUAUAUUAGUCAAAACGAUUCCUCUGUGAUUGUCACAAAGGGACUUUUGUCCUUUCUUAUAGACUGGUACAAUCAAUUAUUGAAACCAGUCAAAUGGAAUUACGUCCAGUUCUCAAAUUCUACCUAAGACCUCAGUCAAUCUCGCUGCUAAUACUGGACAACCAUCCCUAAAAAUCUCAGGAAUAAACUUGUCAAGGCCUGUUGCUCUCCCUCGCUUCACAUUUCCUAUAGCUUUUUCAGCUUCGUAAAGAGUCGGAGGACCUACAUUAAUUUGCCAUUCAGGUAGACCGGAGAUCGUGGGAAACCGAAGUAUGGCUGAAGGCCAGUUGAGCUGAUCCCUAAAGUAUUCUGCUCAUCGAUCUGAUCUCCUGGGUUGAGAAUGAAUAAUAUGUUCAUUUUUUUCUGAGAGAGUUGACGGAUGAAAAGAUUGGUUUCACAAAAUGUCCACAAACGUAACUACAAUCUCAGUAAACCAGAUCUGAAGUGGGCUUGUGGCACUUGAGACAUGAAUGCCGAUGAUUUGCUGAGCAGUGUCAGGAUUUCCUUGACACCUUUGCCGCAAGAAUGCCAGGGACUCUGAAAAAGGCAGUUCUAAAGCUGAAAAACAAACGAAGAUGCUCAGUGAGGUAAAUAAGCGGGACUUCGACAACAUCAAUAUUUAUGGAACAAGCACCAGAACUAGUAAGGACAUUCUGAAACGUAGUAAACUCUCAGUAAGUUUGCGUCCCUUAGGACAGCUUCUUUAAAUCCAACUGUUGUUCCGAAAAGUUCUACUGCAGGCGAUCGGACUUUCAUCAACAGGGUUUAUCGACUACCGUCGGAAGUUUUCAACAGCUCAGAUCCUGUAAAAACACUAGUUAAUGAAGCAGUUGUUCAAUUAUUCCUAGGAAUAUCAGGUUACUUAACAAAAAGCACGAAAAUCUGGAACGUAAUUCAACUUUCAAACAAUAUUAACUCUAGCUUCAACGUACUUGAAGACUUGUAUGUAAAGUAGUUUCCCCUCUCUCCAAAGGGGUAAAAAUAUACAAAAACGCACCCAGAAAUCAGUUCAGGAACUCAACUUCUAGCCUUACGAAGAGCGCUUUAAUUCACUAAAUGUUUGCCCAUUGGAGUAUAUGCGUCUCUAAUGUAACCUACUGAUUUAUAUCUGUCUGACAUAUAUUCCAAUUACUCAUGGGAACCAUCAAAUACUUGUGUAAGCUCAGCCCCAACACAAACACUAAAAUUACAGACGCAACAUAGCAGAAUGGACUGCAGGGACACCUACUCUAGGAGUAGUGAAAUUCUGGGAUCUACUGCUAGCUGAGAUAGUCCAAGCCACUUCCCGAGAGUCCUCCAAGAGAAAACUUGACAUAUUUUUAAGGACGGAUGAUAGUAUUUCACUAUAAUUUACAAACAUUUCCUUUUUGUUUGUUACAUAUAUCUUGGUUCCCAACUGGAGGCAUCGGUGACCCACUGCUACUAAAUACAGAAACUCGUUAAGUGGAAGCUUCUAUCCCGUCCACAGCCAUUCGAGUGGGACUUCAUCAAUGUCAACAAGACUUUUUUUAAGUUCAGUGUUGUACAUAUUUUCUUUUGUCCCUCCUACCAAGAUUUGACUCAGUGUUUUGUUAUGACGUUUGCUGUCAUAAUAUGCCCAUCUUUUUUAUUAAAAGUUAUUACUUCUCGAUAUAUCAAACUGAAUAUAACCAAUGCAGUCGAAUGACUAAACGAGGACCAAACAGAUGUUACCAAAGAGAAAUCAAUCUAUUUAUAUAAGAUUGUCACAGAAAUAUUAGCAUAAAUAUGAGUCGUUUAUUUCUAACUUAAAUUACUGGCGUUACCAGUUAAGGUUCGUUAUUUGUCCACAUACUCGCCUCCGAGUAUCCUUUACAACUGUGUUACUGAUGAAGUCCUAGAAAAAAAAGAUUUGUCUUUUGUUGUUCUCUAUAGUCUCAUGGUUGAUCCACUACCGUCUACAAGUCAAACACAACCCAGUAAGCCUUUUUCAGUGGACAUUAGAGAUUUUUUUGAAAGGAUAAUGAGACCCCGGCACCUAACAUCCUGGAAUCAAGUUGAAGAGGCCAUAGAUCUUUUGCAGAAAGUUUGUUCCAUAAAAAUUGGCUAACAUACGUAGAUGACCUAUACACACUAUGUAGUUAGAGAAAGCAAAUUAAAUAAAGAAGAGCCUGGACUCCAUUACCACUAUGUUGUGUAUGUGUGCACUUUUGGCCACAAAAGAAAGCCUGAAGGUACUGGGCAAAGAGUUAAAGGAUCAAAAUUCACUGGCUGUAAAUCCAUGUUUAGAAUCAGAUAUGAGCAUAACAGAUAUAUAAUACCGGCUUCUAAAACAGUACACAACCAUCCGUGCGACAGGGAAUAUUUAACAAACGACCCUUGGUCCAGAAAGCUCAGCCAAGACCAGUUGCAAGUUCUAACCCCGAUGAUCACAGUUGGUUCAGAACCAAAUGAAAUAAUUAAAUAUGUUGAUGAAACCUUCAACAAAACCAUUACGUUCAACGAUUAUAAGAAUCUCCGACACAAAGUUGCUAAAAGUAAGUUUCCUUAUAGUUAAAGAUUGUCAGGUUGUAGAAUUCAAAAGGUUGGUCUUACAAAGGUAGAUUGUUUGACAGCCGUAUAAAUGUCACGAUAAUGUCGGUCAAAUUUCCAGAGUAUGCUUUAUUAAAUUAUGUGUAAAUUGUAAAUGUAUAAGUGGUUUCUUGAGAUAAUUGUUAUCGAUUCCACAUAUACAAACAAAAAGUAAAAUGAUCCCACUUGAUAACAAUUAUUUGUUUCAAUUAGUUAUUACAUAUAACAAUGGUCACGUAUACUAUAUCCUUAUAUGCAAUCUUUCCUUUAUAUAUUACCACCUCUGAAUUAACUACUUUUAUGAAUCUGGUGUCCAUCUUGUUGUGUUAAUGAGGUAUGGCAACUUGAACUAAUGCAUAUAUGUGCCUGAUCCUACUUUGUAGCUGACUGAUAGUCACGUAUAUCCAGUUACUGUUGCUCAUUCUAAACUUGAUAAAAACCUACGAAUAAAUCUAGACUCAUCAUGACAGAAGCAAUAACAAUCAAAGCAUUUCCAAUAUACUUUGUUGGAUGUAUAAACCAAGGAGUAUUAAUAACACAUCGUAAACUAAACGUUUCUGUAGAAAAGUUGUUUUCUACGGAAUAGGGUUGCUUAUCCCAUACCCAACCCUCCUUCAUCGAGGCUUAAGACUAGCAGUAUCCCUAAAAGGGCUACAGGCGAUGGUACAAGUCUUCUCUAAUAAACCUUGUUUGCAAUCUCAUAACCAUUAAACAAUAUUUUUGUAGUCAUUAACCAUAAUUUUCCUGUUCAUAAUUUCGGCAGCAUAUUCAACAUUUCCAUUAGGAACGAAUUACUAUUUAUGUUGUCUUCGAUGCAUAAUCUUUUCAAUCACCACUAAUACUGUUUUUACCUCGACUGUUCCGGGAUUUGGCAACUUGAGUCCAUAUACGUACCAGGUUUUACAUUAUAAAUUAACUGAUUGGAUUAACACUCGUGACCAGGGGUCGUUUAUCACUCGUAUAGGUAGUUUUCCUGUGUGUAGUAAGCUCUUAGCUGAUUCCAAACGUGUGUAUGCAAAUAGUGUCGUUCGUCCUAACUUUCGGUAGUAUAAACACCAGCUUAUCGCACACAAAUACAGCAUAAUAAUACCGAGAUUUUUGUUUUGUUUCAUUCACUUUGCUUUCGUUACUACAAAAAAUAUGGAAUUCAUCUGUUAACAAGUAUAUUUGGUAUAAGCUAAAUUCUUUUCUCAAACUAAUACUUGGUUCACCAAUAUUUUCCUUCCCAUUUCAGAUAAUCAAAAAAAAAGAAACUAGAUAAUCUAUCGCCAAUGUACAUACUCUGUAAAUUCAAUAAUUAAAUUAUAAAUUUUAAUUUCAAAUCGAUGUAUCCUGUGUGUUAAC